UCCUCUUUUGCGCGGCAGCUGCGCUCUGCUACUGCCGCCGCCGCUCAGGGGGCGCUGGGCGGGCUCAACUAUUUCCUGUGGAAAUCCCAAACGCUCGGCUCCUCCUCCCCACGGCGCGUGUUUGUGGGCUGGGGGUGGGUGGGUGAGAGAGAGAGACUGGCUGAGGAGGAGCAGAGCAUCGCCUGCUGCCGCUUCAGCCGCUUGCGCCUGCCUCCGUCUUCCUCGUCGUCGUCUUUUUCGCCAGCCUCCUUCGCGUUGCCUGCGGCCUCCCGGCGCUGCCAACCAUGCCCCAGCCGCAGCAGCAGCAGAGGUGGUGGCGGCGGCGGCAGCGGCAUUCCUAGCCUGCUCGCGGAACCUACCUACGGACCGACCGACCUUCCCCUCUUUCCCCUGGGCGCGCGCUCCCUCCCCCGUCCUCCCCGGGCGGGAGAGAGAGGCUCCUGCGUUGCCUCUCCCAAUGGGCAGUUUGCUGAGCGGGGUCAGCUUCAAGGAACCCACCACGGUGGAGGACUGCGACUCUACCUGGGAGACGGACUCCGAGCCCGAGCUCCAGGACUCCGGAGGGGAAGAAGGGACGCCGCUCGAGGGGCUGGGGGGCGGAGAAGAAGGAGGAGGCGGCGGCGGCGGCGACCCAGCUGAGGACGAACAGCAGCAGCAGCAGGGGGAACCGCUCCCUGCGGCAAGCUGCCGGCCGGAAGACACCGAGCCCAGAGAAGGGCUUGCUGAGGAGCCUGAAGAAGAGGAGCUCGAGGAAGACGAGGGCGACGAGGAAGAGGAGGAAGGCGAGGAUCAAGAGGGAGGGAGGCACGACGAAGCGGAGGCCGCCAGCACCGAGCAGUGUGACUCAGGAGCCAAGCUGUGGCUGCAUCAUCCUUGUUGUUGUUGUUAUUAUCAUCAUCAUAAUAUUCUUAGUAGGGUUAAAAAAGAAGCAGCUAAAUAUGGAUUUGAGGUGUGUGGCAAUCAAAGAAGACCAAGGAAGCAAAGCACUCUGGCCUGGCAGGGGGAUGAUGCAAUUGAAGUGGCAGCUAAACCAAAGAGAAGCUUUUACGCUGCAAGAGAUUUGUACAAAUAUCGGCACCAAUAUCCACAGAACUUUAAAGAUCUGCGGUAUCAGAAUGAUUUGUGCAACCUCCGUUUUUACAAGAAUAAAAUUCCCUUUAAACCUGAUGGUGUUUAUAUUGAAGAAGUCCUAAAUAAGUGGAAAGGAGAUUAUGAAAAGUUGGAACACAAUCACACUUACAUACAGUGGCUUUUUCCAUUAAGAGAGCAAGGACUGAAUUUCUAUGCAAAGGAAUUAACAACAUAUGAAAUUGAGGAAUUCAAAAAAACAAAAGAAGCAAUUAGAAGAUUCCUGUUGGCUUACAAAAUGAUGCUGGAGUUUUUUGGAAUAAAAUUAAUUGAUAAAACCGGAAAUGUUGCACGAGCAUCUAAUUGGCAAGAACGAUUCCAGCACUUAAAUGAGUCCCAGCAUAACUACUUGAGGAUCACCCGUAUUCUGAAGAGUCUUGGCGAACUUGGGUACGAGAGUUUCAAACCUCCUCUUGUAAAAUUCAUUCUUCACGAAGCUCUUGUGGAAGACACCAUCUCCAACAUUAAGCAAAGUGCUUUGGAAUAUUUUGUAUAUACUAUUAGAGACCGGAGAGAGAGGAGGAAACUCCUGCGGUUUGCCCAGCAGCACUACACGCCCUCUGACCACUUCAUAUGGGGGCCGCCGAGAAAGCAGAAGUUGGAAGGAAGCAAGCCGAGUAAAAAGCUGGCAUCGCCGGUUUCCCUCCGCAGCGGUUACGUUUCUAAACCUAAAAGUGGGAGAGAAUGCAAGAAUGUGCCCGUGGUUUGUAACUCAAGCGGCAAAGCAACCAAUGAAAAAAGGGCAGAACAUGCUAAAAAGGAUGACGAUUGUGACCGGAGCAGGAAACACGCCAGCCCUGAGGUUGUUAAGCAAAGCAUUGGUGAAAAGAAUAGCAAUGCUGAUUGUCAGAACUCCAUACUGGAAGAAACUGCUAAUCCUUCGAACCAGAAGGAGAACGUUUGCCAUCUUAAAAAAUAUAAAGGCAAAAAUGAUGAAAACCUUAAUCAAGACUGCAGAAAUGCAGAACUUGUAGAAAAAGAUUGCCAUGACUGUAAAAGCGAUUCAACUAAUAUAUCAACAGACCUGCAAGACAGUGUAGUUAAGGAUAAAAACCCAGGAGGAUCGAACAAAGAGGAGACUCGAGCAUAGACUAAAGUGUCUCAGUUAACUUGUAUGAAAUUGGACAAGGAAAAGAAGAUCUUGAAGCUGGGCCCAGUGCUUGGCCACCAAGGGGUUAUGCUCUCUUUCAUUUGACUCUUCUUAACUGUUUGCACUUUUCAGAACUGUGUAUUAAGCUUAAAAACAACUGCAGAAUCCUCAAGCCCGAGAACUCCUAUGCUAAGCUUUGCUCUCUUUGUGGAAACUAUUGAUUUCAGUUAUCCUCCCCCCCCCCAUCUUAUUAUAAUAUACAUUUUUUAACCUUAGUUAUUUGGCAGCUAGGGUUCCAAGGACGUCCAAGGAAUGUUUUCUUAAUGAUAAUCACUUGGUAUGCUAAACUUUUCAAUGUUUGCCAUUGCUUGAACAACAAAAGCAGGUUCAUUUAGGAUGUACAUUCAGCAUCACCACCAUCUGGAGACCCAGGUUCAAGUCCUACCUCUCCCAUGACUCUCACAUUGACAGCAACCGUGUAGCGCUGUGAGUUAAACCACAGAGCCUAGGGCUUGCCGAUCAGAAGGUUGGUGGUUCGAAUCCCCGCAACGGGGUGAGCUCCCGUUUCUCGGUCCCUGCUCCUGCCAACCUAGUUCGAAAGCAUGUCAAAGUGCAAGUAGAUAAAUAGGUACCGCUCCGGCGGGAAGGUAAACGGUGUUUCCGUGCGCUGCUCUGGUUCGCCAGAAGCGGCUUAGUCAUGCUGGCCACAUGACCCAGAAGCUGUAUGCCGGCUCCCUCGGCCAAUAAAGCGAGAUGAGUGCCACAACCCCAGAGUCGGUCUCGACUGGACCUAAUGGUCAGAGGUCCCUUUACCUUUACCUAUGUUCUCUCAGCCUCAGUUCCCCCACUGAUGGCGUAUACUUCUCCAGUGUUGCUGCUGAGAAGAAGAAAAAAAAGCUAGCAAAUCACUUUUUACAUUAAAAACAACUAUUAGUAAGAUUUGCACACCAGCACCCCUUGUUCCAAAAUACUCAUAUAUAGUUUGUGACGCCAUCUUCCCUUGGUGCCUCUUCUCCCUUCUUUCCUCCCAUGCAGCUGCACAAGUUUAAAAAUCAGGACACAGCAUUUUGCCAAUGUUUAUUUUGCCUGAGAGACCCACUUCUGCUGAUAAAGGAGUAUAAGGUCAGAAAAGGCUUAAGCACUGCCGAGACAAAGUUGUUGACUGCCCACUCAGCUUCUAAAGCAGAAGCAAUAUUUUGAGAUUGACCUUUUCUUCCUUGAAAUUCUGGUGGGAUUUGAAAAGUCCUCUGUGCAAAAGGGGAGAUAGCAGCUUUCUUUUCUUUGUUCUUCCCCAAGUUUCCCAAAAAAUCAUGCCUACAUCCUCACUUCUAGCUACUGGGGGUAUGCAGGGAACACUCAGGGAAGAAAAAAUUCUUUAUCGUGCACCUGAUCCAGGUAACUCUUUACCCGCUUCUAUGCACAUGGUUGCUUAUUCCCCCUCCCCAGAAAACUUAAGAUUUCUUCCAUGGGACGUGAGGGAGAACUCUGAAGCAGGAUGGAUUAAGAAGACUCUGCCAGAACCAAGGAAUAUGCUUCUUCAACACACACAGCCUGUUCUAGUAAGGGUUAGUCCAUACAAAAGACCAAACUUCUCUUUCACCCCAGAUAGCUUGGACAUCUUUUACUAAAUAGUAAAGAGUAUUUUAUAGAAUGAUAAUUGAAGGUGUCUGCUAAAAUUGUUAUCUGUGCAGCUUCUCAACCUCCUCAGUGGGUACCGAAAGGCUGUUUUGAAGGAGGGGCUCAUAAUUGUAAGGGCUUCAUUUCCUCCUUUGUUAUCUUAAACCAACCAGAGCCUUGAUGAAUCCAGAGUGAAAAGUGUGCUCACAAAUAGCUUUCCAGUGCAUUUAAGGCAAACCUUUCCGCAUCUCAGUCCAGUUGGAAAGACAUUUGAGGACAGAGGGCUUUUGUUUUUUAGAUUUAUAUACUACCCUUCAAAUGCCUUUUCAGUAAGAAAAGUAGCUUCUUCAGAGCUUUCAUGCCUCUGUGCUGGGAGACACUGGCACAGCCUUCCCCAUACUGGUUCCUUCCAGAUGUUUGGGACAGCUACUAUUAGCAUCAGCACAGCUAUGCUGACUAGGACUGAUGGGAGUUGUAGUUCAAAACAUCUGAAGGGCACCAGCUUCGGAAAGGCUGCACUAGCAUAUCUUUGCUGGCCUCCCCCCUCCAAAUGUGUGUUUAUACAGAAACAAAAUAUGAGCAGUACCUUUUGGUUUUAGACCUCCCUCUUACCUGGAUUAAUCUUACAAAUGUUUCAGUGAUGGCUGAUCAGUGGUACUACUGCAGGCUUGGAAGUGGGGAUGGGACUUGUACUGGAGUGUUGGUGCCGAUGCCAGAUUUUCUUUCAAAGCUGGUAGCUUCACAUCCACAAAGAGUAUAGCUAUGAGUUUAUUCCGGUUUAUCCUGUAAAAAGUAUGUAUAAAAUUCCAGUUUUGUCCUUGGAUUUACUGUUCAGCAGAUGCCUCCUGGCAUACGGAAUGAGGGUGAAACUGGCACCAAUUCUGUGAUGUUAGAGACUGUUAUUUGAGGAGGCAUUCAUGAAAUGUGUACCACACUAAGCACCCUUUCUGCAACCCCCUUUGAAAUUAAAAACAACAACACCCUCUUACUUAAAUGUUCUUAGUGUUCCUUCCUGAUGCAGGAUUCUCUAUGUAUAAAAUAGCAUGCCUGACACAUCUUAUCCACCCUUCAGGUUAAUCCUGCGUGAGGUGGUGACUCGCAAAAGAACAAGUGAGCCCAUGCUAGAGAUACCAGUGCACAGAAGAUAUUAUUUAAUAAAGCAGAUAUAUAAGGUUUAGCCAGGAAGUGAUGCAAUCCUAUAUUCAACCUGUGCCAAGACCAUUUCAUCCGGUUGCUUGUUUGUUUCCAGACUUUACCUAUUUGUUUCCAAGAUUUUUCUUAAAUCUUUCAAGUUCUAUGUGGCCAUAUACUCGUUACCUUCUCCUGUUUUGUACACACACACCAGGCAAGAUUAGAUGAGUGCAACUGGCACUGCUCAUGGUUCUAGCACUGCGACAGAUGGGAUCGGGCCCUUUUAUAAUGAUAGGUGUAAACUUUCGGACCUCCUCUCUGAGUAUGUUAGGAAAUCGCCAUCUUUCAUUGGGUGUGUGUUUUUUUCUUCAAAACGAAACAGGGUAAAACCAUUUUUCACCAGUGAGCGUUUGGAUGGUUUUAUUUUAUUGGCUGGGUCUGGAGGUUGGGGUGGGGGUUGGGAGUGCAAACUGUUUUCGAUUGAUAUUUAAGUGGCUUUAUUAUUCUGUUGCUUGUUUGCUGUAAACUGCUUUGAUAUUAUAGAGAAGCAAUCUACAAAUGUUUUAAAUGAAACGUGCAAGAGAACCGUGUUUUGUUUAUAUCAAAUUUGCAUUAAUUGGCUUGAGAGCAAAGAAUUCUACACACCAAGAGGUGUAAUAGUACAACAGGGGGGCUGGUUCUCCUGUUGUUGCAGUGCCAACAGCAAGAUCCAGCUGCGCUGUAUAAAAACAGGAAGUGCUUCUGCGUGUCCAUUAUGUGGGGCAGCCCUUUCACCUCAGCCCUUGAGGUCCUACUUUGAUGGGCCAUUGGACCCUUGUGGGAGGAGUCAGAGAUCGGGAAACUCAGCAAAGACUAGGACUCUACAAGGUGCAAGGGCUGCUGCAUACCAAGCCACAAAAAAUAACUAAAGAGUCUACAAAUGAGAUUCAAAGAGCCUUGUGGACCCUCCCUGACCCCACCAUGAUGCACUGGGGCUUUUCAAUUUCUCCCUGGUGACUAUGUGCACACCCAAGUUUCAGUUUUUUGUCUUUUUUUUUUUGUCUGAUGCUUCAGUAUAUAAAUCCUCCCCUGGACCCUUCAGUAUGUAAUGAAUUACCUUAGGACAAAGUGUGUUUAUCUUCACAACUUUUCUUUAAAAAACAAAACCUUACGGUAUUUGUAAGCAUUAUAUGCUGCUGUUUUAGUGGGAAAUGUGUUCUGUUCACAUGGUAGAAGUAGGUGGAAUGUUUUAUUUAUUUUUAGUCCAAGAAGUGCUUUAAUUUGUAAUUCUCAUUUUGUGUGUGUAAAUAAAACUGUUUCACAACUUUA